AUGUAUUUAACUGUGCCACCGGUCAACACCCGCGCCCUAUCAUUCCUAUCGACAGUAGCGGGCGAUUCCUUAUCUAAACACUUGCCUAAAAUACUUCCGGCACUUCUCCUGGCAUUAAGUAAUGCAAUCGACACUCCGAACGAAAAACAAGAGUUUGAUUACUGCCAAUCAGUGAUACUAUCGGUUAAUGACGAGAUGGGCGUUCGGACAAUAGUGGACCACUUGUUAGAGUCGGCACGCAAUGAGUCGUCAACCAUCAGACGCUCAUCUGUGCUCUUAUUGUUCGCGUAUUGCAGUCAAUCAAAGGCCAACAUAUCCUCAAAUCUCUCACAAUUAAUUCGAGGUUUGAUUUUAUUGUUCACGGAUUCCAACGAACAGGUGUUGAAUCAAAGUUGGGAAGCAUUGAAUGCCAUCACAAAGAGUAUGGAAAGCAAAGAACAGAUGGAAUACGUGUCUGAAGUGCGAAACGCUGUUCGCUAUGCUGUCAGUGGUCUGAAAGCUGGCGCUCACAACCGAAAGACUCAAUUAUUAUUACCGGGAUUUUGUUUAGCCAAAGGAAUUGCACCAAUACUUCCCAUAUUCAGAGAAGCCAUACUUAACGGUAAUCCAGAGCAGAAAGAACAAGCGGCUCAUGGGUUGAGUGAAGUGAUUGAACUGACGAGUGCCGAGGCAUUAAAGCCAUCGGUGGCCACUAAACUGUUCGUUGAUUUGCGUAAAACACUAUUCAAUCAAAGAGACUCGGAUUUGAAACGCUUCGGCGACUCUUUGGCUUAUUUGACUCUCAGACAACUCAAGCCUUUUUGCCCGAUCGACGAGCACUGGACUACCGGUGAUCUGAAUGAACGCGUCGAUAAACUGAUGACUCAAUUACACAAACGGACGUGUCGUCCGACGGGACGAGAUUAUGACGAAAAGACGGCACAAUUGGCUAUAAAGUUGCGUUUGACUGCACCGGCCUUUGCCUAUACCUUCCCAUUAAUCCAAUCUCUGCUAAUGAAUAGCCAGACACCAGACGACCUAUUGUUGAAAUGUUUGCAAAUAGUGUCGGAGCACUCGCACAUGAGAUUCAAUAUGAGCUAUGGUUUGGAUGACAUCGAAGACGACACCAUUGGACUCAAAGAUCCCAAAUAUUUGCCCCUCAAGUAUAUGUUUGAUACGAUUAUUAAAGUGAUUGCGAAGAGUCCCAUACAUAUUGAGCAGAACGCGUCCAAAGUGUUGUUAGAUAUGGCCUUAUCUGCCAAUGGAGACAAGGGAUGUGCCAGAGCUUCGUUCCAAGAGGUGAACACACUUUUAGAGGCCCUCAAGAAUAGUGUGGAAACUGUUCGCAGUUCAGCCCUCAAUGCCCUUCAAAUUCUGUCGCAUAAUGUUUUGGUUAACAUGAAUGACGAAAAAGCGAAAUUUGUUUUGACACACAGAAUAUUUGUCACUCAAUUUGAUCCAAACGAAGAAUGCGCGACAAGUGGUCAACAAUUGUUCAGCGAUUGUAGGCUCCGGACAAGCGUUUCCCUUUGCAAUGCCUUAUUUGACGACAUAAUAAACGGCAAUUCAAUACUAAGACAUUCAGUUUCAGGCGCUAUGGAAGCGCUUUUGUCUGAAUAUCCCGAACAGACGCCGAAAGUUGUGAAGCAGUUAAUUGAUAUUUACAGAGAAAGAGCUAAAGUAUUGCCUCCUGUUAUCGAUAACUUUGGCCGCGCGAUAGCCAACAGUCAAGUGGACAUCUAUGAGCCCCGUUUAGGCGUUGCUCUGGUAUUGACACAAAUUGCGCCAUUGAUUCCCAAUGAGAUAAUCGAAGAAAUCGCUCAUUUCUUUGUUCCGGAAGCGCUCGGAGAUCGUAAUGAGAGCGUCCAAAGCCAGAUGUUGGAGGCGGGCUGUGCUCUCGUCAAUCUUCACGGCAAAGAAAGUAUCAAUUUAUUGCUCAAUGUAUUCGAGAAGUUCUUAGACGACGCGCCCGACACUUCGGACAACGACGCCGUCAGACGCAGUGUUGUUGUUCUGAUGGGAACUCUCGCCAGACAUAUAGACAAAGAUAAUCCCAAAGUGAAGCCAAUUGUAGCCAAACUGAUCGAAGCGCUGUCCACACCGUCACAGAUGGUUCAGGAAGCAGUGGCCAACUGUUUGCCACAUUUGAUCCCAGCCUUCAAAGAGGAAGCGCCGUCUUUACUGCAAAAGUUGAUUCAAUUGCUUCUCGAAUCGGAAAGUUAUGGCGAGCGAAAGGGCGCCGCUUAUGGUAUCGCCGGUAUUAUUAAAGGUUUGGGUAUUUUAUCGUUAAAACAAUUGGGAAUUAUGGACGCAUUGACUGAAGCGAUUCAAGACAAGAAAAAUCCUAACCAUCGAGAGGGCGCUCUCUUUGCCUUUGAGAUGUUGUGUUCGAUGUUAGGCCGACUUUUUGAGCCAUAUAUCGUUCACAUUCUGCCACAUCUUCUCCUUUGUUUCGGCGAUUCGAGUACUCGUGUCAGACAAGCGACCGACGAUACGGCUAAGCAAGUGAUGUCUAAACUGAGUGCACACGGAGUUAAACUGGUUUUGCCGUCGCUAUUGAAUGCAUUAGAAGAGGAUUCGUGGCGUACAAAAGCCGGAUCUAUUGAAUUAUUGGGUGCUAUGGCUUUUUGUGCACCAAAACAAUUGUCAUCGUGUUUGCCGUCAAUUGUUCCCAAACUGAUGACUGAUUCGUGGCGUACAAAAGCCGGAUCUAUUGAAUUAUUGGGUGCUAUGGCUUUUUGUGCACCAAAACAAUUGUCAUCGUGUUUGCCGUCAAUUGUUCCCAAACUGAUGACUGUUAUAUCAGAUUCUCACCCAAAAGUGCAAAAAACAGCCGCUCAGGCACUCAAACAAAUUGGUUCUGUUAUUAGGAAUCCUGAAAUUCAGGCAAUAGUUCCCGUUCUCUUGGAAGCACUUCAAGAUCCGGCAAAUAAGACCUCCAAAUGUUUGAAUACAAUGCUGAACACAAAGUUUGUGCAUUUCAUAGACGCGCCUUCUCUGGCACUGAUAAUGCCUGUCGUUGAGCGCGCAUUUCAGGGCCGAUCCACUGAAACCCGAAAAAUGGCCGCUCAGAUCAUUGGCAAUAUGUAUGCAUUGACAGAUCAAAAGGAUUUGUCGCCAUAUCUGCCAUCAAUUAUUCCGGGCCUAAAACAAUCACUACUCGAUCCCGUGCCAGAAGUGAGAGGCGUAACCGCUAGAGCUCUCGGCGCUAUGGUUAAGGGUAUGGGAGAAGAUAUUUUCGAAGAUCUUAUGCCUUGGCUUAUGACAACUCUAACAUCGGAGACCAGUUCUGUUGACCGAUCGGGUGCUGCGCAGGGAUUGAGUGAAGUAAUGGGAGGACUCGGUCUCGAAAGACUGGAGAAAUUCAUUCCAGAGAUGAUUGAAACGGCCGAACGAACAGACAUUGCGCCACACGUUAAGGACGGAUAUAUUAUGCUCUUUAUAUACCUUCCGAUGGUCUUCACGCAGGAAUUCACUAAAUAUAUCGGACGUAUCAUUAAUCCGGUUCUCAAAGCACUGGCGGAUGAGAAUGAAUUUGUUCGCGAGACAGCCCUUAGAGCGGGUCAACGCAUUGUCAAUAUGUACGCCGAGACCGCUAUUCAACUACUAUUGCCUGAAUUAGAGGGCGGACUCUUCGAUGAAAACUGGAGAAUACGCUUCAGUUCUGUCCAACUGUUGGGCGAUCUCUUGUUUAAGAUAUCAGGCGUUUCCGGAAAGAUGACAACUGAAACGGCCGACGAAGACGACAAUUUCGGUACUGAACAGUCGCAUAGGGCUAUAAUGGGCGCACUCGGAGGCGAUCGUCGCAAUCGCGUCCUCUCUGGCCUAUAUAUGGGCCGUUCGGAUGUGUCACUACAGGUCCGUCAGGCGGCUCUUCACGUUUGGAAAGUAGUGGUGACUAACACUCCGCGAACUCUCAAAGAAAUACUUCCCACUCUAUUCUCACUUCUAUUGGGAUGUCUGGCGUCGAACAGUAAGGAUAAGCAAGAAGUGGCCGCACGUACUCUCGGAGACUUAGUUCGCAAAUUAGGCGAACGUAUUCUUCCAGAAAUUAUUCCAAUACUAGAACAGGGCCUCGAGUCUGAUCGCCCCGACCAGAGACAAGGCGUUUGUAUAGGACUCAGUGAAAUCAUGGCCUCCACCUCCCGAGAGAUGGUUCAGGCGUUUGUCGACUCACUCGUCCCUACCGUUAAAAAGGCUCUUUUUGAUCCAUUACCUGAAGUAAGACAAGCGGCCGCCAAGACUUUCGACAGUCUCCACUCGGCUGUUGGUGUCAGAGCUCUAGAAGAGAUAUUACCCGCACUUCUUAGCCAAUUGGGAGAUCCAGAGAAAGGAGAGUUCACUUUAGAUGGCGUUUCCGGAAAGAUGACAACUGAAACGGCCGACGAAGACGACAAUUUCGGUACUGAACAGUCGCAUAGGGCUAUAAUGGGCGCACUCGGAGGCGAUCGUCGCAAUCGCGUCCUCUCUGGUCUCUAUAUGGGCCGUUCGGAUGUGUCACUACAGGUGCGUCAGGCGGCUCUUCACGUUUGGAAAGUAGUGGUGACUAACACUCCGCGAACUCUCAAAGAAAUACUUCCCACUCUAUUCUCACUGCUAUUGGGAUGUCUGGCGUCGAACAGUAAGGACAAGCAAGAAGUGGCCGCACGUACUCUCGGAGACUUAGUACGCAAAUUAGGCGAACGUAUUCUUCCCGAAAUUAUUCCAAUCCUAGAACAGGGCCUCGAGUCUGAUCGGCCCGACCAGAGACAAGGCGUUUGUAUAGGACUCAGUGAAAUCAUGGCCUCCACCUCCAGAGAAAUGGUUCAGGCGUUUGUCGACUCACUCGUGCCUACCGUUAAAAAGGCUCUUUUUGAUCCAUUGCCUGAAGUAAGACAAGCGGCCGCCAAGACUUUCGAUAGUCUCCACUCGGCUGUUGGUGUCAGAGCUCUAGAAGAGAUAUUACCCGCACUUCUUAGCCAAUUGGGAGAUCCAGAGAAAGGAGAGUUCACUUUAGAUGAAAGUCUCCACUCGGCUGUUGGUGUCAGAGCUCUAGAAGAGAUAUUACCCGCACUUCUUAGCCAAUUGGGAGAUCCAGAGAAAGGAGAGUUCACUUUAGAUGGUUUGCGACAAGUGAUGGCUAUUAAGAGUAGAGUUGUUUUGCCGUAUUUAGUACCACAAUUAACUGUGCCACCGGUCAACACCCGCGCCCUAUCAUUCCUAUCGACA